AUGGCGCGUCGCCCACGCAACAGCCGUGCCUGGCGAUUUGUGCUGAGCGGAGUUCGCAGAGACCAGGAGACCCGAGCCCCAGUCCUGCCAGCAGGAGAAGAGACUCGGGGCUAUGACUCUGAUGGACAGCACAGUAACAGUGACUCCGAGGUUGAAUUGCUGCAUUUGCCAGCCUCCAUUCCCAGCGCCGUGCCUGUGACAGGCGAGUCUUAUUGUAGUUGUGACAGCCAGAAAGAUGCCUAUUGCUCCAGCCUGUACGCCUUCCACCAGAUCAAGAGCUGCCAGUGUGGAGAGGAAGAUGACUACUUUGACUGGGUGUGGGAUGAUGGGAGUAAAUCCACAGCCACUGUGCUGAGCUGCGACAAUCGCAAAGUGAGCUUCCACAUGGAGUACAGCUGUGGUACAGCUGCCAUUCGGGGCACUAAGAUGCUUACUGAGGGACAGCAUUUUUGGGAGAUCAAGAUGACAUCACCGGUAUAUGGCACAGACAUGAUGGUUGGCAUUGGAACAUCAGAUGUGAACCUGGACAAAUAUCGUCACACAUUUUGCAGUCUUCUAGGAAAAGAUGCAGAGAGUUGGGGGCUAUCAUACACAGGAUUACUUCAGCACAAGGGUGACAAAAGCAACUUCUCCUCACGCUUUGGCCAGGGGUCAAUCAUUGGCGUGCACCUGGACACAUGGCACGGGGUGCUGACCUUCUACAAGAACCGCAAAUGCAUUGGCGUAGCAGCAACACAGUUGAGGAACAAGAAGCUGUUUCCAAUGGUCUGCUCUACAGCUGCAAAAGAGCAGCAUGAAGGUCAUUUCGGUCAUGCUGCUGCCGCACAUCCCUCCAGUACCUAUGCUGCGCCCGCAUACGGCAGCUGCUCCCUGACAACAUAGACUCUCUGGAGGCCUUGCCCCUCCCUCCUGGGCUCAAACAAGUCCUAAGCAACAAGCUGGGCUGGGUCCUACAGAUGGGCAUCAAUCCCAGCCGACAGCGCAAAAACGACACCACAGCUAGCACCUCCAGCGGAAGUGACUCUGACAGCAGCUGCCCACCAGAGCUGGAGGACUGUCAGCGGAAACGCUGCCGCAGGAUUUAA